UAAUUUAUUUUUUAAAAUUUAUUUUAUUUAUUUGAAAGAGUUAUGGAGAGAGGUAAAGCCAGAGAGAGAGAGAGAGAGAGAGGUAGGUAGGUCUUCCAUCCGCUGGUUUACUCCUCAAACAACUGCAAUGGCCAGAGCUGAGCUGAUCUGAAGCCAGGAUCCACGAGCUUCCUCCGGGUCUCCCAUGUGGAUGCAGGGGCCCUAGGACUUGAGUCAUCUUCCCUGCUUUCCCAGGCCACAGCAGAGAGCUGGAUUGGAAGCAGAGCAGCUAGGACUCGAACUAGCACCCAUAUGGGAUGCCAGCGCUAUAAACUGGGGCUUUAACCCACUGUUAAAGCCACAGCACCAGCCCCCUGCCUUUAAAAAAUAUUUAUUUAUUUAUUUGAAAGUCAGAGUUACAUCCAGACCAGGGGUGUGUUGGUGUGGGGAGAGAGUGAAUCGAUCUUCCGCCUGUUGGUUUCCUCCCCAGAUGGCCAUGAUGGCCGGUACUGGGCCACGCUGAAGCCGGGAGCUUCAUCUGGGGCUUCCACAUGGGUGGCAAGGGCCCAAGCGCUUGGGCAAUCUUCCCCUGCUUUCCCAGACCUUUGGCAGGGAGCUGGAUUGCAAAUGAAGCAACCAAGACAAGAACCAGCCCCCGUGUGGGAUGCCGGUGUUGCAGACAGUGGCUUUACCUGCUACACCACAAUGCUGCCCCCUGCCCCACGGAGGCAUUUGACUGCUGCAUCACACACCUACCGCAGCGUGGUGUUUUUACAGCUCACCCACGCUGUGGUGUGUAUCAGCACAUCACUUCUUUUCAUGACUGAGUAAUAUCCCCCGUGAGCAGAACCACGUUUUCUUCAUCCAUUCAUCCAUUGGUGGGCAUCUGGGCUGUUUGCAUUUGCUGGCUGAUGAGAACAUUUGGUUCAGGUAGUGUAUUGGAGGAAGUAGUCCUGGGUUGUCUUUGUGCCUACAAUGCUUUUUGCCAGGCAGAAUUGUGGAAAGAUUGUCAUGCAGUGGAAUUUGUCAGGCACUUCCGGCUUCUGGAUUUUGUGGCCAACCUUAUGCUUUAGGUGAUAAAAUAUUCUCCCAUCCAUGUUUGCGCUGGCCAGCUCAUUUCCUUAUCAGUAAAACAGGAAUUAAAAAUGGCUCUGCUUGGCCUCAGGGUUGUUGUGGGCACCGAGCAAGACAAAUGACUCGAAAAGGCUUUUACAAAACACGGUACGGUGUACACCCUAGCAAGCGUCACUCUUGCUGUUCAAGUCUCGUGUGGUGGCACCACCAGCUGAGUUCCAGUCCUGCUUCCCUGUGCACAGCUGAGGAGAGGACAGGACUGCUCCCUGAGCCAGCCAGGGACACAGUCAUGGGCAGCCAAGUGGAGGAUGUCGUGGGAUUAGUCAUGUUGGAUUGGGGUGGGCAUGGGGGGUGGAAUGCUUACAUUUGACCAGAAAAAUAAAAUUGCCUUGAACUGAACGCUUUUUUGUUUCUGGUUCUGGUCACUCUUCCUUCAAGUGGAGGUUUUCUUGUUGUUGUUUUGCUUUUGUUUUUCUGUACCAGGCAAGAAACCAGUUCAGUGAGUUCUGUAUUAUUCAGCUGUGCUUCUAGUGGUAGCCUCACUCACAGUCAUUUGUGGCUUGUUUUUGUGGUAUUUUUAACUCCACAUUCUCUGUUUCAAAUGGAAAACUUUGAGUUGGACACUGUUUUGAAACAAAUACAGAGAGGGUGAAAAAUUAGGUUAAUCCUGGACAGGAACUCCUUCUCUGACGACCUUGGGAAUAGAGUCAUAGCCUGGGUAUGUCCCUGGGCCCUGGGGAGGGCUGGGCCUGGGCUUGAACACAGGUCAGUCUCUAGCUCGCUGUGUGACCCGGCCCAGCUGCUGCACUGUGCGGGGCCUCUGUUUCUCCAGGAGUGAGCAUAGCACCCGACCCACAGCGAUGGAACAAGUCAGGGACAAAAGUCUGUGUAGAGUGAGUGGCUCCUGAGCAUAUGGAAGGAGCACUGAGUAAAUACUAGCUCGUGGUCUCACUCAAGAAUAUUUGUAUGAAUUUGGGCCAAGAGCCCCAGGGAGAUGGACGGUACAGAUCAAGUCACUGGGGACAGCCCCUCCCUGUUGCUGCCUGUGAAGUGCAAUGUUAGGCAUGGCUGUUGGUUCUAGCACAGCAAGGACAAAGUGGCCUUGCAGUGACGAUGGGUGCAGGAGGGUUGCUUGUGGCUGGGGCAAGCAAGGGCGACCUGGAGGGAGGGGGCACGUGCCAGGCCCUGCCUUGGUCACAGCUGCUCUUCUCGGGCUAGAAGAUGUGGGAUGAUGGGGUUUCACUGUGUGUGGUGGUGAUGGAGCCCCCAGGAGUGCAACUGUGUUUCAUCUCUUCCUGCUCCCAACCCCAGAGCUCUGGCCGCUGGCCCACUUGCUUUGGCCCUAAAGAAGAAUAGAUAUCCUUGCGCCUUCUUGCUUGCUGCCAAGCACUGUAAAUCCGUGAUCACAUGGGAUCUUGUGUAGCGACUGAGGGCAGUCACCUGACAGAUUAGGAAACUGAGGCCCAGAGUGGGUGUGGCAGUUCCAGCAGGCCCCUAUUAUAGUGCUAAGUGGCAGAGCCGGAGCGUAAACCGCCUUGUGUCCUACCCGACAAUCAGCUUUCCCUGGCCUUCACCACGUGGCUCCACGCUGGACUCUGCUUCAGUUCCUAAGGCUUUUCUGUGACAUUUCCGUGGUUCCGUGCCUUCCAUGUGGGUCUCCCAGGAAUGUUUGUGGAUUUUAAAUUUUAAUCAUGGUGAAGAGAGCUGACAUUUACUGAGCCCCUGCCUCUGUGUGAGGUCACUUGCUGAAGUUCUCCUGAGCUCUGGGUUCGUGGCACAGCGGGGGGAGGCACCCACACAGUCACUUUGCAGGGUGUUCUCUCUGCAUUCCCAGGUUUCUUUGAGUCCCCAGGCUUGGUCCAGGGCUGCUAAUCCCCCGGUGACUCUUGUGGCCUCGGCUGGUUUUGGCUCAUCAAAGGAGAAUGGCACAGGGCCUGAGCAUGCAUUAGGAGGGUCAGGCAAGAGGUGACAGCAAGUCUGCGGGGCUCCAGCUUCUACUGAACUUUGUGACCUCCAGUGUCCGGCUCAAGGCUGUAAUAAGCCCAUGACUCACUCAAUUGGACUUCUCCUUGGGCUUGGUCUGAACACACCCUGUGCUUUCAUACCUGUGGGCCUUGGCUGCUUGCUCUGUAGGCGCAUGUAGCUCUACCUCACCCCUACCUGGCCUGUUUGAGGACCCCCGUGGCUCGCCACCUCCUCUAGGAAGUCUCCAGGGACUGGCCUGGAUAAUGGAUUCAUUUCUGAACCCACACCAAGUCAUAUGCUGACGGGAGUCUACUCUUAUUUUGAGAUAUUUGUGAAAACUUCCAGCAGGGGACACUCAGGUGUGAAUGACUGAACGUGGGACAUUCCACUGGUCGGCCACCGUCCAGUGCUUUAUCCCAGCUUCACGGCCUCCUUCUACUCAGAUGCAUGUGCAGUGGGUUGGCUUGCUCUCCUGGAAGGCGGAGACUAAGCAUUUCUCAGAGCGGACUCUGGUGUCUGACAGCCUGAGUGGGAAUGCUGCUUCCUCAGGCACAUCACUUCCUAUAUCUACUCCUCCACCCCUUCCUCUGUAAAAGACCAAUGCUUACAUCUGUGGUGGGCACAAACUCCUUGUCCCCAAGGAGUUUGGCGGGGGAUAUAACUGGAGACGCAGAAUUGCUGUCAUUUAUUGAGUGCUUACUCCGUGCUGGCUGCAGCUUAGCUUUGAGGUCUUGCCUUUGAAAAAAUGAUUCAUUCAUUUAUUUUUAUUUAUUUGAAAGAGAGAUAGAGAGAUCUUCCAUCUGUUGGUUCACUUCCCAAAUGGCUGCAACAGCCAGGGCAGGGCCAGGCUAAAGCUAGGAGCUGGGAACUCCAUCUGGGUCUCCCACGUGUGUUCCAGGGGCCCAUUGAGUUGGGCCAGCUUCUGCUGCUUUCCCAGGUGCGUUAGCAAGGGGCCGGAUUGGAAGCAGAGCAGCCAGGAUUCAAACCAGUGCUCGGAUAUGGAGUGCCGGCGCUGCGGGCAGCAGCUGAGCUCGCUGUGCCAGGACACAGGCUCCAGCUUUGCAUUCUUCCUUGAUGUUUCCAAGAGUUCCCCUCCUCCUGAAUGGCCCCCACCAGGCGAUAUUCUUUCCCCACAACACUUAGCCUUCCCUACCCUAUUAUAUAAUUGACUCAUUAUGUUGAUUUCUCGUCUUCCCUUCCCAGGGCCUCUAGCUUGGUACAGCUCCAGGGGCACCAUUCACAGCACGCUGUGCUCCAGGGCUGCUAUUGCUGAGAAUAGUCUGUGAAUGGUGGUGGCUCCCAGAGCUGUGUGAUUCGCAGGCCCUGGAGUUCCAGGAUUGUGUGUGUGUGUGUAUUUUGAUUUUCAUAUUCCUGUGCCCACUGUGGUGCUGCACCUAGACUCAGCUUUUGGGAGACAAUUGCUGGAAGCAUAAGUGGAAGAGUCCCUGCCCCUCACCCCCUAGAGCCCAUUUUACUGCUGAGGAAAAUGGGGCUCAACAAGUCAGGAAUUUGUCUAAAACCCCACAAGCCACUGGCCCAGGUCCUGCUUGCAUAUCUGGUCUCACAGGCUUUGCGAAGCUGUGUGUCUGGAACUCUGGGCAUUGUCCCUGCCACCAAGUAAUUGCUCAACAAACAGCAGUGCCCUUGGCCACGUGGGUCAGGCCCUCCCCUCAACCCCAGACCGAGCACACGCCAUCUAUGGAGAGGCUGCGUGCAGUUGCACACAGCAAAGAAAAGGGGGAUCUUUUGUUUUAGAAAGAAAAAUCCCUGACCCAGUGGCUGGCGGCUGGAAUCUGCGGGAGGCUCCCAGGCCUUUCCAGCCCUGUUCGUCUUCCUGCUGUCUUUCCUUUUGUGAGCGUUUCUUCCCCUUUCUGCUUGCAGUGAGUUCUGCUCUCCUGUAGGCUACAAUGUGUCAGUUGUUAUAAAAUCCGGGAGGCGGAGCCUAGUGACGAGGCGAGGCGGUGGGGGAGAGCUCGCUGCUGCCGGCCCUGCAGGACGAGCAGUCGGCCCAGGGGUUCGCGGAGCUUCGGCGUUGCAGUGCGAAAACUUCCAGCUUGCUCUGCUGGCUUUGAUCCUCGCUGGACAUCAGAUCCGAGGCGCCGAAGGGAGGGAGGAUGCGAGAUGACCGGCCCUCUGGCAACCUGACCAUCUCCUUAGCCUUGGAGAGCGAGCCGGGAGCUGACUGCACGACCCAGGAGGCGCCCCGCCUCUCCGUGGAUGUGUGUGAGUGAGCGAGCGGGUGUACUGUGUGCAUGUGAGGGUGUGUGUGUGAGUGUGGAUGUGUGUGUGCACACUACAACUGUGUGUAAGCGUGUCUGGGUGAGUGUGCGCAUGCACGCAUGAGUGUGUAUGUGUGUGUGUGUUUGUGUGUGAGUACUCUUGGUUAUUAUUUUUUUUUUGGAAGAAAAUUCUUGAAAAUCUGGGGCAGGUUACCAUGCUCCUAGGGUGGGUCUUCUGCAAGAGGAGCUGACCAGAGCAAGCUGCUGGAGCCAUUUCUCUGCAAGAAAAGAGAAUUUUCCUCCCUGAAGGAGAAGGAUUUGGGCCCCUGCUCUGCAGCUCAGUGGAAGAGAUUAGCCCCUAAACCUGUGAAAUCGACCAGAGCAGUGUGAUUACCGUAGCCGGAGAGAGGACUUGGGAAGAAAAGGAGAAAGAAAGCCAACAGCCUGCCAGUGCCUUCAGCCGUGUCGGAAGAUGUCAUCUCAAACUAAGUUCAAGAAAGACAAAGAGAUCAUCGCUGAAUACGAGGCUCAAAUAAAAGAGAUCCGCACGCAGCUGGUGGAGCAGUUCAAAUGCCUGGAGCAGCAGUCGGAGUCGCGGCUGCAGCUGCUGCAGGACCUCCAGGAGUUUUUCCGCAGGAAAGCCGAGAUCGAGCUGGAGUACUCCCGCAGCCUGGAGAAGCUGGCCGAGCGCUUCUCCUCCAAGAUCCGCAGCUCCCGGGAGCACCAGUUCAAGAAGGACCAGUACCUUCUGUCGCCCGUGAACUGCUGGUACCUGGUCCUGCACCAGACCCGGCGGGAGAGCCGGGACCAUGCCACCCUCAACGACAUCUUCAUGAACAACGUCAUCGUCCGCCUGUCCCAGAUCAGCGAGGAUGUCAUCAGGCUCUUCAAAAAGAGCAAGGAAAUUGGGCUGCAGAUGCACGAGGAGCUCCUGAAGGUCACCAACGAGCUGUACACGGUCAUGAAGACCUACCACAUGUACCACGCGGAGAGCAUCAGUGCCGAGAGCAAGCUGAAGGAGGCUGAGAAGCAGGAGGAGAAGCAGUUCAACAAGUCGGGAGAGCUCAGCAUGAACCUGCUGCGGCACGAGGACCGGCCCCAGCGCCGCAGCUCUGUGAAGAAGAUCGAGAAGAUGAAGGAGAAGAGGCAGGCCAAGUACUCCGAGAACAAGCUCAAGUGCACGAAGGCCCGCAACGACUACUUGCUGAACCUGGCAGCCACCAACGCGGCGAUCAGCAAAUACUACAUCCAUGACGUCUCCGACCUGAUCGAUUGCUGCGAUUUGGGCUUUCACGCCAGCCUGGCCCGCACCUUCCGGACCUACCUCUCAGCGGAAUACAACCUGGAGACCUCGCGCCACGAGGGGCUGGACGCCAUCGAGAGCGCCGUGGACAGCCUGGAUUCCCGGAGUGACAAGCACACAGUCAUGGACAUGUGCAACCAGGUCUUCUGCCCGCCACUCAAGUUCGAGUUCCAGCCCCACAUGGGGGACGAGGUAUGCCAGGUCAGCGCCCAGCAGCCCGUGCAGACGGAAUUGCUCAUGCGGCACCACCAGCUGCAGUCCAGACUGGCCACGCUCAGGAUAGAGAAUGAGGAGGUGAGGAAGACCCUGGACGCCACCAUGCAGACCCUGCAGGACAUGCUGACCGUGGAGGACUUCGACGUGUCCGACGCCUUCCAGCACAGCCGCUCCACAGAAUCCGUGAAGUCGGCUGCCUCCGAGACCUACAUGAGUAAGAUCAACAUCGCCAAGAGGAGGGCCAACCAGCAGGAGACCGAGGUGUUCUACUUCACGAAAUUUAAGGAGUAUGUGAACGGCAGUAACCUCAUCACCAAGCUCCAGGCCAAGCACGCCCUACUCAAGCAGACGCUGGGCGAGGGGGAGAGAGCAGAGUGUGGCACCACCAGCAGAAGAGAUGGAAGGCUUAGGCUGCCCCACUUCCCGUGGCUGAGCUGUCCCCCUGCUCCCCACCUUGUGCCCCGCCCAGCUCUUCAAGGAAGAAGAAAUGCUCGAACCAGGAACCAGGAGUCAGGACAAGCCAUACCGCUCGUAGUGGAGAGCUGCAUCCGAUACAUCAACUUAUAUGGACUGCAGCAGCAGGGCAUCUUCAGAGUGCCUGGGUCUCAGGUCGAGGUCAACGAUAUCAAAAAUUCCUUUGAGAGAGGUGAAGACCCCCUCGUGGACGACCAAAAUGAGCGAGAUAUCAACUCGGUCGCCGGUGUCUUAAAACUGUAUUUCCGAGGACUGGAAAACCCACUCUUUCCUAAGGAAAGGUUUCAAGACUUGAUAUCUACCAUUAAACUGGAGACCCCAGCCGAGAGGGUGCAUCAGAUCCAGCAGAUCCUCGUCACCCUGCCCCGCGCCGUCAUCGUGGUCAUGAGAUACCUCUUCGCCUUCCUCAACCACCUCUCCCAGUACAGCGACGAGAACAUGAUGGAUCCCUACAACCUGGCCAUCUGCUUCGGGCCCACCCUCAUGCACAUCCCAGAUGGGCAGGACCCCGUGUCUUGCCAGGCCCACGUCAACGAAGUCAUCAAAACCAUCAUCAUCCAUCACGAAGCCAUCUUCCCCAGCCCCCGGGAGCUGGAGGGCCCCGUGUACGAGAAGUGCAUGGCUGGAGGGGAGGAUUACUGUGACAGCCCGCACAGCGAGCCAGGCACCAUCGACGAAGUUGACCAUGACAACGGCACCGAGCCGCACACCAGUGACGAAGAAGUGGAGCAGAUCGAGGCCAUCGCCAAGUUCGACUACGUGGGCCGGUCCCCGCGGGAGCUGUCCUUCAAGAAGGGGGCCUCCCUGCUGCUGUACCACCGCGCGUCCGAGGACUGGUGGGAGGGCCGGCACAACGGUGUGGACGGCCUCAUCCCGCACCAGUACAUCGUGGUGCAGGACAUGGACGACGCCUUCUCCGACAGCCUGAGCCAGAAGGCGGACAGCGAGGCGAGCAGCGGGCCCCUGCUGGACGACAAGGCUUCCUCCAAGAACGACCUGCAGUCCCCCACAGAGCACAUCUCGGACUAUGGCUUUGGAGGGGUGAUGGGCCGAGUGCGGUUGCGAUCCGAUGGAGCGGCCAUCCCCAGGCGCCGAAGCGGGGGUGACACGCACAGCCCGCCCCGCGGCCUGGGCCCCAGCCUAGACACGCCGCCCCGGGCCGCUGCCUGCCCCAGCAGCCCCCACAAAAUCCCCCUCCCCCGGGGGAGGAUCGAGAGCCCCGAGAAGCGGAGGAUGGCGACAUUCGGGAGCGCCGGCAGCAUCAACUUCCCCGACAAGAAGGCGCUGUCCGAAGCGCACUCCAUGAGGUCGACCUGCGGCUCUACCAGGCACAGCAGCCUAGGGGACCACAAGUCCCUGGAGGCCGAGGCCCUGGCCGAAGUAAGGGCCAGCCAGGGACCCCCAACUAGGGGCAGGGGUGGGAGCCUGCCGAGUGGGAGGGGGGAGGGGGUGGCGCCUGGCGUUGUUCCCGCAGAAGGCCAAGAGUGAGCUGCCGUCCCCUCCUUGCUGCUGGGGCACGGCCACUGGCUGGGGUUUCCGUCUGGCCCAGCACCCCCAGCUGGCGCUGGAGAGGGGGUUGGCCAGAUUAUGGGGAGCAGGUGAAGGCAGGUCCCAGCACAGGAUAAGAUGAUCAGACUUCAUUCAUUCAUUCAGUCAUCCGCGUGUCCAUCUGUCCCCUUGGUCACCCAUUCACUCAUUUGCUCAUUUAGCGACGGUUACUGGCCGAGCAUCUCCUAGGUACUGAGAGGAGGGUGGGCACCCAGAACAGACUCUGGCCCUGCCCUCAGAGCUCACGGUCAGGAGAAGAGAAAGCAGCCAACAAGCACACUCGGGCCAGGCACCUGCAAGGAGGGCAUUGUUUCUGAGGACGUAAGGGGUAGAAGGAGACUUUCCUGGGCAGGGUGAGGCCCCAGUGGGACCUGCAGGACCAAACUGCUGAGGCUUCCAAAGUACUAAGCGAGGGCUGGCACCAUGGCUCACUAGGCUAAUCCUCCACCUGUGGCGCCGGCACCCCGGGUUCUAGUCCCGGUUGGGGCGCCGGAUUCUGUCCCGGUCGCCCCUCUUCCAGGCCAGAUCUCUGCUGUGGCCAGGGAGUGCAGUGGAGGAUGGCCCAAGUGCUUGGGCCCUGCACCCCAUGGGAGACCAGGAGGAGCACCUGGCUUCUGCAGCCAUUUGGGGGGUGAACCAAUGGAAGGAAGACCUUUCUCUCUGUCUCUCUGCGAAAAAAAAAAAAAAGUACUGAGAGGGUUUUUUCUUUUCUUUUUCAAUCUAGAUGAGAAAUCUUUAUGAUUUUUAUAUUUGCUGAACUAUGACUUAUUUAACAGUUGGAAUAACUGAUUUCAUGUGUUUUUGAUCUCCCAUGAUAUGAGAAUAUUUUAAGUCGUGUAUAGAAAUGUGUGUUAUGGAAAAUGGUGCAUGAAUUUCUAAACUCUUUUGGCACCCAAAAAUGAACACUUUUUUUAAAGGUCUAUUUUAUUUGAAAGGCAGAGUUAGAAAGAGAGAGGGAGAAAAAAUUGAUUUGCCACCCACUGGUUCACUCCCCAAAUGGCUACAACAGCCAGGGCUGAAUCAGGCCAAAGCCAGGAGCCAGAACUUCUUUCGGGUCUCCCACGUGGAUACAGGGGCCCAAGCACUUGGGCCGUCUCCUACUGCUCUCCCAGGCACAUUAUUAGGGAGCUGGAUCAGAAGUGGAGCAGCCAGGACUCAAACCGCACUCAUAGGAUGUCUAUGUUGUAGGCAGAGGCUUAAUCCCCUGUGCCAUAACUGCAGCUUCAACAUCUUUUACUUAUUUUUUUAAUUUUAUUUAUUUAUUUGAGAGGUAGAGUU